UCGAACACACCUCGAUAACGAUAAAAACGACCAACUAGUUAUCGAUAACCCACUACUCCUCAAACUCUAUCACUCAAUUCCUCUUCCAUUUGACAUUCGCCCAAAAAACACAAAAAGAACAAGAGAAAAAAAAACACCCCAAUAAAAAAAAAGAUAUUUUUCUUCACAUUCGUUCACUUGCUCGCUUCCCAAAACGAAGAGUUUCUUCAGUUUUGAUAAUAAAAUCGCCUCGCUCGCCAUCCUGGACGGCAGGAUUCACGUCGGUUGUCGCGACUCCUGGGAAAGUAAUCUUCAAAAAAUACCUUCAACCAAAAUAAAGAAAAUACUCACAGUUCUUCUUAUUCCCUUUGCUUCCAUAGAAACAACACUUCGUGUUCCAGAAAUCUUGUGCCUAAUUAACAAGUGAAUGAGAGAAAUAAAAAUGUAUUAAUCUUUGAACCAGAAAGCAAAUUAAAAAAAAAAGAUACAAAUAACCAUCGCCCAUCGCUCUCCAGUUUUAUUCGGUUUUUGAUUUCGUUUUAUUUUUUGAUUUUUGUUUCUUCGUGGAAAAUUCUUCCUAUCCCUGUCCCUGGCUCCCUGAUUUCCUGGGUUUAUAGUUCUUAUAACAAAUAAAAAAAAGAAAUAUUCCAUAUUUUGUAUUGAAUUAAUUCGUUUUCGUUUACGAAGGCGCGCGUAAGAAAGUGAAAACGCUUCUUCUUCAUUACGAAAUCCGAAAGUAAAGUAAAAAAAAACGUAAAAAAUUCCAAAAGAACGCGAAAGUCGACGACGGAUGAAGUGAAGUGAAGUUUUUCCCAUCGGAAAUCGUUGUCGUUGCUGAAUUGAAUGUGGAUUCUGUUCCACCGCCACCACCAAACAACAUACAGGUGGUGUGUGCUGCUGCUUCUUCUUUGAGUGCAUCAAAUUUUCGUUCCUUCAUUCCCUGUCGUUGGUGUUUUUAUCGUUAUCGUUGUCCCUAACCCUUUUUCGAAGUCAACUGUCUUUUUAAUUUUGGUGUUGUUGUUAUUUAAAACGACAUCAUGGCAAUGGCCAAUGAUUUAUGGCGCGAGUGUGUCGCCUGGUUAACUCGCUGCAAGAUUCUUCCAGUCGAUCACAAAGCCAAUUGGCCAGUAUCUGAAAUCCGAGUGCUCGCUUUGACCCUUCGCGAUGGUGUUCUCUUGUGUAACCUCAUCCUGUUCUUGGAUCCCACUUGCAUGGAUAAAGGCGACUUUAAUCGCAAACCACAAAUGGCUCAGUUCCUUUGUUGCAAAAAUAUAAAACUCUUCCUAGAUGUAUGCAAAAACCACUUUGGCAUCCGUGAGUCGGAUUUAUUUGAACCAACAAUGCUCUAUGAUUUGACCAAUUUCCAUCGAGUGCUCAUCACACUGUCAAAGUUAUCGCACUGCCGCAAAGUACAACAACUUCAUCCGGAUAUUGAAGGAUUUAACAUUCAACUGUCGCACACUGAAAGGAGUCAUUCGGAUGAGGCCAUAUACAAGGAUCUGCAUUCAACUACAACCUACAAUUCGGCGUGCAAUGCAACCGUUGAAGAAUUAAACACAAAAGAAGAAGAGGUCUACCAGGACCUCUGUGUAGUAAACAAAAAACGUUCAAGCCAGCUGACGACAAGUUUUGAACAACGUGAUUAUGUUAUACGAGAGCUCAUCGACACCGAGUCGAACUACUUAGACGUACUAAAUGCCCUUAAGUACAAAUUUAUGCAGCCUAUGGAAAAAUAUCUACCAGCUGAAGAUAUAAAAACUAUAUUUCCAAGAAUUAAGGAUUUAGCGGAUAUCCAUAGUAAAUUCUUGGAGAAACUGCGCGAAGCAGUUUUACCAAAUACCAAAUUAAAACUAAGUCAAGUGUUUUUAGAUUUUCGAGAACCAUUUCUAAUAUACGGCGAAUAUUGUUCGAAUUUAAUAAAUGGCAUUGAUGCUUUGGGUGAUAUUUGUAAACGAAAUAGUUUAAUUGAACAAUUGGUUCAGAAAUGCGAAAAAGAAUAUAAUGUUGGAAAAUUACAACUGCGAGAUAUCCUCUCGGUGCCAAUGCAGCGAAUAUUGAAAUAUCACCUGUUGUUGGAUAAACUAGUCAAGGAAACUUCUCCUGUACACGAAGAUUUUCGUGGUUUAGAACGUGCCAAAGAAGCAAUGGUUGAUGUUGCUCAAUAUAUUAACGAAGUCAAGCGUGAUUCUGAUCAUUUGGUUAUUAUACAAAAAGUCAAGGACAGUAUAAUUGAUAUUCAAGGCCUUAAAGAUGGCAAUGAUUUAGCACAAUAUGGUCGACUCCUGCUGGACGGAGAGUUACACAUUAAAGCCCAUGAAGAUCAAAAGACUAAACUUAGAUAUGCAUUUGUAUUCGAUAAGAUUUUAAUUCUAGUUAAGACACUUAGUUCAAAGACUGGUGAUACACAAUACACAUUUAAGGAUUCCCAUAAUUUAGCUGAUUAUCGUGUUGAACAAGGACAUUCGCGUAGAACAUUGGGUAGGGAUACACGUUUUAAGUAUCAAUUAUUGUUAGCAAGAAAGUCGCAAAAAACUGCAUUUACAUUAUACCUGAAAUCGGAACCGGAAAGAGAUAAAUGGAGAAAAGCAUUAAGUGAAGCAAUGGAAAACCUAGAUCCACCUGGAUGUCGAACUACAGAUCAUAAAAUGGAAAUAACAACAUUUGACGCUCCAGUACAGUGUACACAUUGUUCGAAAUUUUUGAAAGGUCGAAUUCAUCAGGGCUAUAAAUGCAAAGUCUGUGAAAUUCCUGUGCAUAAAGGUUGUAUCUCUUCAACGGGCCGUUGUAAACAAAAUCCUAUAAGUAUACCUCCUCCGGUAUGUGAUCGACAAUUAGCUGAAUUUAAUUGGUUCGUAGGAACAAUGGAUCGAGAUACAGCUGCCUCAAGACUCGAAGGCCGAAAAGUUGGCACUUAUUUGUUAAGAGUUCGACCACAAGGUGCGUCAAAUUCCCAUGAAACUAUGUAUGCUGUCAGUUUGAAAACCGAUGAUAAUGUGAUAAAACACAUGAAAAUCAAUCAAGGAACUGAUGGUGAUCAUGUUGUCUAUUGCCUUUCAACAAGGCGGCAUUUUAAAACUAUUGUUGAAUUAGUCUCCUACUAUGAACGAAAUGAUUUGGGAGAAAACUUUGCUGGUUUGAAUCAAUCUCUUUUAUGGCCAUUUCGAGAAGUCAUUGCUACAGCAAUUUAUGAUUUCGAACCUAAAGGCACUAAUCAAUUGCAACUUAAGCAAGGCUGUCAGGUUGUUGUGAUUGGAAAGGAUGGCGAUAGCAAAGGCUGGUGGCGAGGACGAAUAGGCGAAACGGUGGGGUAUUUUCCUAAGGAAUAUGUAAAAGAACAUCCCACCACAACAGACGAUCUAUGAUAUUACAAUUAUUUUGUAUACAUCGAAUCAGAGUUCAACUCUUCCUCAAUGCCAACAUCGUCACAAGAGCAAAGACGUACCAGUAACUCAAGUAGCCACAAUAACUAAAAAUUAAAACAAAUAUUUAUAUACACAACAAACAAACAUAACAUAUUUAUUUUUUAAUUGACUAUGUUUUUUUUUAAGUCUACAUAAAGUUUAAUUUCUUUUUCCAUAAAUCAACUAUAGUGUGUCUCUUAACGACAUCUAACGGCAAGUUCCAACACUUAUCUUAAAAUACAAAAAGAUAUGAAACUAAUUUAACAUACAAAUAAAAAAAUACAACAAAACGAAAAUUAAGCUUUAAAGAGAGAAAUUACACUCGCCCAAGCAUCUCAAAACCGUGUUAAUUUGUUGAUAGAAAAACGUAUUUAAAU